GUUCCCCCCUUUUCAGCCCCCCCUCCCCAUUUCGCCACGCCCAUUUGCAUAUGAACAAACGCUUUUAGAGAGAAAUGCUAAGAAGCAGCGGCGAAAUUUCAUUUGCAUGCGAAUUGAUGUCGGGUCUCCCGUUCAGCUCGUGUUUCUUGUGCGAUGAGAUGUGUUACAUAUGGUACGAAUCCGAGUUCCAAACGGAACUUGGCCAAUGGCAGAAGAAAUGCGAGGCGAAAAACAAAAGAAACCAGCUGUUGGCUUACGAGGAGGAGGAAUUGGAGAUGGAAAUGGAACAUGAUUUCAUACUACCAACAGCAGCAGCUAUUAUUUUUCGGAAAUAUCUUAUAGCAUAUUUCAUGGAAAUAGACAAAUACAGCAUCAGCGAUAAGUGAGUGAGCAAGUGUGUUGUUCUGGCUUUCCCGGUAAUUCUCAGGUGGGAUGCCAACUUUAGAGAACUCUUUGUUCGAUGCUAAUGAACUAGAGAAGAGGAAGAAAGAACAACGGGGGAAUACACCUCAUCUAGAAGCUCCAAAGAGAGCAGAGCAACAAGUUGAAAAGGAAAAGAAGGAGCAAAAAAGCCAACAAAAACUAUCUAUAAAUAGCCCAGCAAAAACACUGCAAGUGAAGGAGAAGGAGAGUAGCUAACAACUACACUGAACAAUAACGGAAUAAACAACAGAAUCCCACAUAAAAAAUCUUUGUAAUUAAAUCUUAUUUGUAUUUAAAUCUUUAAAAAAUGUGGG